AUGUCUCCAAUCUCGCCCCAACCCCAAGAGACCCGUCCAAGGGCACAGACCUCUGUCAGCUAUACUUCGCAACGUUCCCGCCGAAGCAGCUCCUCCGGCCACAGGCUCGAGUUGACAGAGAGUGCCAAAGACAAGAAGAGAUUGAAUACCAAAGCAGACCCGUCGAGGGCAUUAAACGAGGCAACUCCAGCGGAGCAAGCACAGGAAGCGUCCACAGUGGACGAUUUGCGGCUGAUGAUGCACAAGGAUGUUGAAGGCAACGUGAUAACUGACCCGGAUCGGUCCAAUCCUACUCGUAGCCGAAUGGAGAGACCACUGGACACUAUUCGAGCAUUUAAUGCAGCUGCCGAAGGCACAACUUCGCGACGCUCCUCCCUCAACAGCAGGCCGCCCUCCCAAAUCGGUUGGAAUAGUGACAUGAAUCGUCGGGGAAGCUACUAUUCAAGUGAGCAUGAUCAAGUCAUCCAGGCCAGGUCAUGUACUAACUUUUCCUUAGACAACGGAUACUCACCCCAGCGUUCACGACCCACGCCAGGCGGAGGUUACUAUCGCAGCGGAUCCUACGGAUUUGGACCACAAAGUUCUGUCGAAGAAGAGCCUGGCUCUGCUCAGGUGUAUGGCCGAGGCAUGCGCCAACAGUCCAAUCCGGAUUAUGGGAUGCAAAACGGAUAUCAAAAUGCCUACCAAAAUGCCUACCAGAUCUCACAUCCUCAUGCCAAUUCGAAUGGCUACCAAAAUGGACAGCUUGCGAACGGCCAGAACAACCACAGCCCCAUGUCUGCUCAUUCAUACCAGCACUCGUACGAGACGAUGACUUCAGGUUCUGACGAGUACAGUAAAUCCACAAACCCAAGUUCUCAAAAUAGCUCUUUCGAUCAACUCCAUCAACUUCGGAAACCCGAUGACUUUAGUGCCGAGAACCCAUACGCCAACGAUAUCAAGUUCAACCAAUUCGCACCGACAAAACCCUUUUCCCCGCAAAUCAUGCAUGAUGGUCCCUACGGUCCGGACGCUGUCCAGGCACCUUUACCACCUGCAAAUGCCUACCCCCUUCAGAACGGCCGGCAGCCUAUAAACCUCAAUGCUUCGCAAUUCGGCGGAGACACUAAUGGAAAUGAUGACAGACCGACUCCGCCGGCAAAGAGGCAGAGCUGGAUCAAACGCCGAUUCAGUCGCCGGGAAACCUAA